AUGGACGAGUGGGAUGAGGCUAUGCAAGAUGUCCAGCCAUCUGAAUCCAGCAUGGAGACGACCACCGAGGCUAAGCGGGAUGAAGAGAGUCCCCUUGAUGCGGAUGGGUCCCCCUUGGACGAUAUCGGCCCAGGCCUAAAGUCUAAUGACAGUGAUGGAAACGCAGACGACACCAACAGCCACAUCACCGACCCCGAGGUCAUCUCCAUGGACCUCACCCCUAUUGAGAACAAUAUGCCGCGGGACUACAUCGACAUUGCCGUUGCCUUCCCUUGUCCUCGGGUCAGCUACUUCGCGGUCCAGCGGCUCGAGACCGAACGCGAGACAUUCAGGGCGUUUUACCAGGCCCUCCAGCGCUGGCCUUUCCUGGCGGGUACCAUCAAGGUCGUCAAAGGGGAACAUGGAGACAAGCUCACUCUUGUGCACUCGCGUGGCCUGACCAGGGACAUUGUGAGUCGCCUCUACAAGCUUCAACCCCCCAGCGGGGACAACUGCGAGGAGGCCAUCUUCUCACCCCACGACGCCCCCCUGAGUUGCUACCGAAGCGACUGCUUCUUUGACCAUGACCAAGAUGUCGACGCCGAUGGCUUCCCCCCUGUGACGCUUCAGAUCAACUUCAAGGAUGGCAUGCUCGUGUUGGGCUUCUCCCUCAGCAGAGUACUUUUUGAUGGAUUGGCCAUCAACAACUUUCUCCGGCAGUAUCUGAGAAACACGGCCCGCUACAGGACGACACACCCAGUGACCUCGCGAGACAUGCCUGACACAAUCGACCCCGGUCCAGACAAUGGAUACAACCUCCCUUUCUGGGAAUGGGACCAAAGCUGCACCCCCGAGUUGCCGACUCCUCGCAAGACCCUGUUGGUCCAUACGUUCUAUCUCAAGGCUGAGGACGUCAACCGUCUCCGGGAGUCGAUUCGAGAGCACGACGCCGAUUCUCAGUCUUCUUGUUUGCCCUCGAUUCAAGACUGUGUCUUUGCACUCUUUUGGCUCACUAUUAUGCGUGCUCGCUGUGAGGCUGGGAUGCUUAUACCCAGUGACGCUGCUUCUGCCCACGUCAUGAAGCCUGGUUUCUCCAAGAAACCUCACCCUUGGGAGUACAUUGGCAACAGUACUGUUGAUGCCGUCGCGACCUGCCAUGUUACAGACUUGGCUGGCCCCUUUGUGACGUGGAAUGACCAUGAGGCCGUAGUCACUGAUCAUAGACGACUGGCAUACGCCGCCCAGCUCAUCAACACCGCCCAGCAAAAGAUUGACAACAGAUAUAUGAAGAAGCUCCACGGUCUGAAGCAAGCCAUCAGCCCUGCCGAGGAUAAGCUCGCGAGUGACUGUGCCCUCCGACGCCACACCACCAGUGUCUGCUUCGAGGAUUGGACGGGUUACGCUUCCUAUUGCGAGGGCGAACUCCCCUUCAUCACCGACUCCCAGCCAUCGAUUUUUGCUUGCCCAGAUCAGCUCAAGGAGGGGACUGUGAUUCUUCUUCCUCGCGAGGAUAAGACCAGUGGACCAGAGGACUGGCCCAUUUGUGUCUGUCUAACAAGAGACACUAUAGACGUUUUGGAGGGUGUCCUGCGUGCUGAGGACUGGUUGCUCGAUGAUGACGAUGAUGAUGAGCCCCUACAGAAGCCUAAGAUCAAGGUGAAGCCUCAGCGAGUGCUUAAGCCCAAAGCGAAGCCUGGGGAGGGCAAAUUCAAGUUGGAGUAUUAA